CUUUCAGGAAUCGCAAAGAUCAGCUUCAAGAAUGACAGAACUAGAGCCAUUAGCAAGCUCAUCCAGCAGAAAUCAUCUAUCAGAGGUGAGUGUCUCCAUAUCCUGAUGCAGAGGAGCGUGAGGAGCAGCACAGCAUUCCUGCCUGCAGCCGCUGCGAGAGGCAUGGGACACGUGCAGAUAAUCUCCUGAAUUCCCUCAUUUUCCUGCUGCAGACUGUCAGCCCAGGGGUGUUUGCCACCACUCAGCAGUGGAUAAAGCUGGCAGUGACUCUACCAGGCUAUGUGCAACAGUCAGUGGGAGGUCAUCUUCUCCUCAACCGGUGCUAGGUGAGAAGCAGUUCGACCUGGUUUGUAAUUUGGAAUAUCUCUCACAUGGUCACUGAGAUGAAGAGUUGAUGGACAGUGUCCAGGGAACUGCAACACCAUUUUGGAUCGGGUAUUUCCCACCGAGAGCGCAGGCAGUGCCAGCGUGGCAGAAGAGAACAAGAGUAAGGGCUCCAGCUGCUCCUCCACUGCUCAUCGGCUUCUGCAGGCCUCACCUCCGUGAGGCAGCCUGGUGGUACCGGGCAGGAUUCGAACUGGGCACAGUGUGGUGAGAAACAGACAAUUUCAUUCUCCUUGUUCAAGGCUGGGAUAGCCUCCAGAUUAAAUUUCACCUCCUGGUAACUCCUACUGGAUGCAUCUGCUACCAAAGGCCUUUGGAAAGGACCUGAACCAGAGGAGGUUUGGCCCUUCACAUCUGUGGUGCAGAAUCCAGCGGUACAUUAUUCUGAUUAGAAGGUCUAAUACAGCUAAUAGAGCAUAUAAAACUGUCUACUGUGUUUCAUCAUAUAUCAUUUGCUGCAGCAACCUACAGCCAUCCAAGCUGUUUCAGCCUCCCUCUCACAACCCUGAGAGAUGUUGUCCCAGCAGAGGGGCCCCUGCGUCACCAGCACCUCAGCACUGACAGAGCAGUAUGAUGCCUUCAGAGCAUUCAGCAGGUCCCUCACCUUUUACUGGGCAUCUGAAACUGCCGUGGGGAGAGGCAGGAGGCACCCCGGGGCCUGGCUGUCCCCACGAAGAGUGGGUGACCGCCUCUGGGGCAAGAACUUCGGGAGUGCUUGGGCUGCUCAGCAGGAAAACAAUAAGCAGGAGAAAACCUGGAAGCUUUUUGCUGCACUGUUGAAUAUGGAGAUAUAAAAACUUUUGUACCUGGAGCAUCUCUGUCCCUCUUUCCAAUGGGUGACUUCUGAAGCUGGAACUACCCCGCUACCUGAAGCAGCCACUUCUUUCACUGUGCAUCUUGCAGGGGGAAAAUGAAUUUCACAAAUUGCACCACUGAAGCCAAUGUGGCUGCAAAGCAAACUGUAACUGAAAAGAUGCUUGUUACCCUGACCUUGGCCACAAUCACAACCCUGACUAUGCUGCUGAAUUCUGCUGUGAUUGCGGCAAUCUCCACAACCAAGAAGCUCCACCAGCCAGCAAAUUAUUUAAUAUGUUCGCUAGCUGUGACAGAUCUCCUUGUUGCUGUCCUUGUCAUGCCCUUGAGUAUCACUUACAUAAUGAUAGACAAAUGGACUUUGGGAUACUUCAUCUGUGAGAUCUGGCUUAGCGUCGACAUGACCUGUUGCACGUGUUCGAUUCUUCACCUGUGUGUCAUUGCUCUGGACAGGUACUCAAUCACAGAUGCCAUCGAAUAUGCCAGGAAAAGAACGGCCAAAAGGGCUGGGCUGAUGAUAGUUACCGUGUGGACUAUUUCCAUUUUCAUAUCCAUGCCCCCUUUGUUUUGGAGAAAUCACCACAGCGUCAAUAUUCCCAGUGAGUGCCGCAUUCAGCAUGAUCACGUCAUCUACACUAUUUAUUCCACAUUCGGGGCAUUUUAUAUACCUUUGACUUUGAUCCUGAUUCUGUACUACAGGAUCUACCAUGCUGCAAAGAGCCUUUACCAGAAGCGGGGUUCGAGCCGCCACCUCAGCAACAGGAGCACCGACAGCCAAAACUCUUUCGCCAGCUGUAAGCUCACACAGACGUUCUGCGUCUCGGACUUCUCCACCUCCGACCCAACCACAGAGUUUGAUAAAAUCAACGCGUCCGUGAGGAUCCCUCCUUUCGAGAAUGACCUGGACCUGGCUGGUGACCGGCAGCAGAUUUCCACCACACGGGAGCGAAAGGCUGCUCGCAUUUUGGGACUGAUCUUGGGUGCUUUCAUUUUGUCCUGGUUGCCCUUUUUUAUCAAGGAGCUGCUGGUGGGCCUCCACGUUUGCACUGUGUCUCCAGAAGUAGCAGAUUUCUUGACCUGGCUUGGAUAUGUCAACUCCCUUAUCAACCCUUUGCUAUACACUAGCUUUAAUGAAGAUUUCAAACUGGCCUUCAGAAAGCUCAUCAGGUGUCGAGAACAUUCUUAAAAGUACUGGGAGACGAUGAUGAUGACAUGACUCCUGGCCUUAAGAAUGAGAAAAAUAAUUUGACUAUUGUCAUUUCCUUUGACAAAGGGAAAAAGGGAUUUUUGUGUUUGCCUCUUUGCUUGACUUCUCUCUAGCCUGUAAAUUUGUUUUGCUGUUUUUUUACCUCUGGUGUUAUUCAUGGUAAAGAAUUUGAAAUAAAUUUAUUCUACAAAGAAACAGAUUUUUUAGCAAUGAAACAAACAAACAAACAUUAGAUAGUCAUGUUUACGGCAUUCUGUGUAAUCAAUGAUUUGAGAAGAAAACAACAAUAUUCACAUUUCUUUUAUACUUUUUUAAUUUAAGAAGCGAAUGUCUAACUUAACAUGCACUGUAGUAAU